CUCAUGUGAGUUGUUGGAAUUUUUUUUGUUUUAAUUCUAACAGCUGCACUGCCGCCCCCCACCGAACGGGAAAGGAUGUGGCCCGUGUCUGUGAUAUUUGUGGAUCUGCUACUUGUUUGAAAUUUCUCGGAAGUCUUAUUCGUGUUCGGUGAUCGAUUGAAAUAAAUUGAAAUAUAGAUGGAUUGGAAAGAAGUCAAACGGGUCUUUUCCGAGAAAAUCGAGUAUAUAAGCUCUUAGAGGAUGUUUGAAGUUCCAAAUCAUCAGGUCAUUCCACCAGAGCUAUUUUUUCCUAGCAUGUCAGCUCAUCUUGAAUUGUUUCUCUCUUUGCAAUCGGAGCCCUUUUUCGUAGGCAAUCUCAUUUGCGCCUUCCAUAAAUUUGAAGUGUUGGAAUUGAGCUGGCUGAAUCAAUCAUGCAGCCUUUGGAGGUAGCAUGACGGACCAAACUAGGAUUGAUCAGGCUUGAAUCGUCAGCAGUGCGCAGUUCGCUCUGAGUCGUAGGGCUCGCUUUCGCAAUUUGGAUUGUUUGGUCAACUAAUCAACCUUAAUGUUGCCCCCUUUAAACGUUUUUUUUCGAACGAAGGAGUAGUUUUAGACAAUCGUUUACAAUUCCGCAAUUCGCACCUGCCUAUAUAUUCUCUCAAAGUGUGACUGAUGAUGUGAUUGGCUUAAGCUCACGAGUAUCAUUGAUUUAAUAAAAGCUACUAACGUGCCUGACGGGAAGCCGCGUCCUCAGAAGUCCCAGGGGGUAGGUACAUUAUUACUCAGAUAGUUACAGAGGGAUGAGUUCUUCUCAGCACCAGUACCGGGGUGUGCGGGUUAGGAGAUGGGGCAAGUGGGUUUCGGAAAUCAGAGAGCCUCAGACCAAGAAACGUAUCUGGCUGGGCUCCUACCGAUCUGCAGAGGAGGCUGCGCAUGCUUAUGAUGCAGCACUGCUGUGUUUGCGAGGCCCUAUAGCCAAUCUGAACUUCCCCAAUCAGAGACCGGCGCUCCCUUCUGGCUCUCCAGGCCAUUACAGCACCCGGGAGGUUCAAGCAGCUGCUGCAGGGGCGGCGGCUGCGUCUGUUGGUAGGCGGUUUUCGUUCAGUGAGUUCAUGUCGCCCACCAGAUCCUCCGACAGCAGCGAUAAUGAAGUGAAAGACAUCACUUAUCCUCCCGGAUCACAUGGAACGUCGUCAUCGCAGUAUGUGUCCUGGAAUGAUACAGAAUUCGCUGAGGAUCAAUUUGAUGUUGAACGGGAUCUGUAUAAUGCUCUGCUGAUACCUCCGCCUUAUUAUAACGACACUAGGGAUGAUAGUGAUAAUGACGACAACCCCCUUGACGGUGGCUUCUCUCUGUGGAACAAUUGAAUCGAAUGCAAUCUCCUAGUUCGAUGGCAACUGAAUUCUCAGUCAAACUGUGGCUUUAGAUGCUCAUUUUUGACCGUGGCUUGUUUCGAUAAUGAGAUCAAUACUCUCAAUGAUCUCGUGGUUAUUAGAUUAGAGAAGAGCUUAUUAGUAUUGUCAUACAAAAGAACCUUGUCUGAAGUUCCGAGGAACUUCACUCCCUGCGCUGCUUGUAGCACACAACACGGCAAAGAUGAGUCGGAGUAAUCUAUGCAUUGUAUCAUUUCACUUUGAAUUACUUAGUUAGGACUUUCGACAUCUGAGUGCUUUAUAUCAGAAUUCAUCCUCUGAAUGCAUUAAGAUUAUCAGAGUUUGAAUUAGUUAUCUUCCAUUCCAUACCGUCACAGUGCACUGUACGUUAUUUCAACACAAUGUUACACCAAUAAUGUGACUGGCUCCUGCUGAUUUAAAGAUUC